AUGGCAAACCAAUCAAGGGUGAGCGAAUUCUUGCUGAAUGGAGUCCCUGAAACUCCAGAGGUGAAGAUGCUUCACAUCAUGCUUUUUCUCAUCCUGUACUUGGUGGCCCUCACUGAGAACUUUCUCAUCACUGCAGUGAUCAUUUAUAGUCAUCAACUCCAUACGCCCAUGUACUACUUCCUGGCCAACCUCUCAUUCCAAGACUUCGGCUCCAUAUCUGUCACAGUCCCCAAGUCUGUAGUCAACUCCUUGAUGGACUCCCAAGCCAUUUCUUACUCUGGAUGUGUCUGUCAAGUUUUCUUCCUUGUCUUCUUCAUGCUAUCUCACUUCUUCCUCCUCGGUGUUAUGGCAUAUGAUCGCUAUGUUGCUAUCUGCAAUCCUCUUCACUAUAAGACUGUGAUGAACAAGAGAACCUGCAUCCAACUGGCAACCAGUGCAUGGAUAUGUGGCCUUUUUUAUGCAUUACUGUAUACUGGAAAUGCAUUUUCAGUGUGGUUCUGUUCCAAUGUAGUGAACCAGUUCUUUUGUGAAAUCCCACAACUCCUCAAGAUCUCUUGCUCGGAGCCCUACUUUCCUGAAGUAGGAGUGAUGACCUUUGGUGCAUGUCUUUGCUUCACUUAUCUUGCUCUCAUUACUUUUUCUUAUAUUCUGAUCUUUAGAGAAGUGAUAAGAAUUCCAUCAACACAAGGGAGGCAGAAAGCCUUUUCAACAUGCUUGCCACAUCUUGUUGUCAUCUCCUUGUUCAUGGUGAGUGGUUGCUUUGCCUAUUUCAAACCAAACUUCUCUUCUGCAUCAGUAUUAGAUCUUUUGGUGUCUAUACUGUAUUGCAUAGUUCCACCGGUGAUGAAUCCAGUGAUUUAUAGCAUGAGGAGCAAUGAACUCAAAAUGGCAUUUUGUAAGCUGUUAGUCAACAUUUUGCCACAAAAACUUUCUCCUGUCAGUCAAGGUAGGAAAUAG